AAGCCUAGCCUAACCCCAUAAUCCCAUUCUUCCCCAGUCCCUUCGUCGGCAGAGAUUGCUAGGCCGGCGGCGCCGCCACCGGCCACCGCUCGCUACCUCCCUCGCGGGCGCGGCAGAUCCUGCUGGCAGAUAGCCGUUCCAACUUCAUCUCCUGCACGGCACGGCACCGCCGGCGUAUCUUGACUAGCUGCCGCGUCGGAAGGUCGCCGUCGCCGUGCCGUGCCGAUCUGCCGCGGCGGAAGGUCACCGCCGCCGCUUCCUCCUCGUAUCAGGUCUCGCUCUUCUGCUCGAGAUGCGGACGGUGGCUAGCCUCACCGACGACCUCCUCGUCGAGAUCCUCUCCCGUCUCCCCGUCAAGUCGCUCCGCCGCUGCAUGUGCGUCUCCAGGACCUGGCAGGGCACCAUCUCGCACCCGCACAACCGCAGGCAGCUGCCCCAGACCCUCGAGGGUUUCUUCUACGUGCCCGAGAGCAAGCCCGCGCCAGCUCCCAGUUUCACCAACGUCACCGGGACAGGCCGCCCUUUGGUCUCUCCUCUCUUCGAUUUCCUGCCGCAGCACCAGAGCAUCUUCCUGCUGUCCUGCUGCAACGGCCUCCUCCUCUGCCGCUGCUGGGAAGGCCAGGAUGACUUCCAUUACGUCGUGUGCAAUCCAGCGAAGGAGGGGUGGGUCCGGUUGCCCGGUUCCGUCAAUGCCGGCACCAAGUGCAUGGCACGUCUAGGUUUUGACCCGGCCGUGUCGGAUCACUUCCAUGUGUUUGAGUUCUCCGAGGCUCACGACAUCAGCCAGGCCGGAAUGGAGGUGUAUUCCUCUGAAACAGAGGAAUGGGUUCACAAGGAGAACGGAUGGAUUGAUACGGAAGAUGAUGAAGCAUUUGUUUCCCUUGUUGGUCAUCACUCGGGAGAUGUGUUUCUUAACGGCUGUUUGCAUUUUCUCACCAUGGAUGAUGAUAUAGCCGUGGUGGACACCGAGGGGAAAACAUGGAGGAAGAUACCUGUCCCUGAACUUGGCACUGUUGGUCUCAUUCAGAAGUCUCAGGGUUAUUUGCAUUUUGUCAAUUUUCUUGAAACUGAUGAUGGUAUGGUUCAACUGGUGGUUUAUGUUCUUGAGAACUACCGCAGUCAAGAAUGGAUAUUGAAGCAUAGCACUGACGGUUCAUAUAUAUUUGGAGAGAGAGAUACUGAUCUUAUACAAGGCUUUCAGUGGGUUGCAAUGCAUCCAGACUGUAACAUGAUCUUCUUAACUGUGGGGUGGGAUAAUACUUUGGUCUCUUAUGAUAUGGAUCAUCACCAAGUUCAAGAGAUCUGCGAUCUUGGAGGAGACGACGACCCGCGAUAUCUCCCAUAUGUGCCAUUGUACUCAGAGUUACAAACUCUACACAUGCGACAUAAAAAUUGAGCCACGUUGGAAGUCACUGGAAUAAAAAAAAGAGCCUGAGUUCUGCAAGCGGAUGAUUUGUCAGGGAGGAAAGUGCUUUUGUUCAUUAGGAGGUGGAGGCCUGCGUCGUUACUGUUGGUAUGCUCCUAGGGACAAACCCAUUUGCAUGUGAAAAAUCACUUGUUGGCAGAUAAAUGAAUAGUAUGCUAUCCGUUCUAAUUUCUGAGAGGGAUGCUAUCCUUUUCUUUAGAAGAACUAGUAUGCUAUUUGAUGGUGCAAGGCUGUGAAA